UUUUUUUGCGUCAUAUACAUAGAUCAAAAAUGUAGUAUAGAUGGGAAAUAACAUUUCUCCUUACGACAACGUGAUAUCCAACUUGUGACAGCUGAUAACCGAAUGCGCAUGCGUAGACAUCCGACUGCAACAAAUACGACGUACGACUCAUCAUAGAGCAGGCUUUAAUCAGAAAAACAAUUGGAAUAAAAGGAAGAAAGAACAAUGUACUGUAUUUCAAAAGGAAGAGAUAUAAAUUAUAAUAUAUUGUAGAAUAUAAAAAAAUAUGAGAUUAUUGGCGAAAUGUGACAUUGAUGUGUUUCAUUGAUAUACAUAAAGAGUAACAAAUAAUUGAUUAUUAUAUUAUAAGAUGUCGAAUUAAUAUUCUUUAUAACGUUUUAAAUUGUGAAAUUGUGUUUGAUAUAACAAGAAAUAAUGGCGGCUAAAAUAUAUCAACCUGAUCAAGAAUUGGAAACAAAAGUUAAAAAGGCAACUGAACGCAUAUCGGAGAAUAUGCACAUUGUCGCCAACGAACCAUCACUCGCCUUUUACAGGCUGCAGGAGCACGUGAGGAAAGCAUUACCACCAAUGGUGGAGAAACGUGUGGAAGUGCUGGCGUUGCAGCAGCAAUUGUUGGGCAGAUGCUACGAUGUGGAAUAUGCUGUCAGUGCCAUCAAGACCAUGCAAGGUGCUGGGAAAAGUUUUGAGAAUACUUUGGAGUUUAUCAAGAAUGCGAUAUUCUUCAAGCAACAACUCAAGUACGAGGAACAGAGACGGCACAAAAAAGAUGGUAACAGGGACUCUGUCUACAAACGAUUAUCAGCGCAUAUCCCCACAUUGGAUCAUUUACCAGAUGAGAUAUCCGACGUCGUGCGUGAAACGGCGAAUCGCGUGGAGUCGAUGAUGAAUCAUGCCAGACAUUCGGGUGAAGUACAAAAGUCGGCCACUAUUCAUAAUUAAAAAUAUGUAUUAGGAUGACAUUUGGUUUUCUGUGAUAAUUCACUUGUUAGGUAACAUGCGAGUUUUAUACAUAAAUUACAUAUAUAAUUGCAUAUGUUACGCUAUAUAUAUAUAUAUAUAUAUAUAUAUAUAUAUAUAUAUAUAUAUAUAUAUAUAGUAUUAUAGUAAUGUAAUGUAUAAUAAUUGUAAUAUAAUAUAAAUAUUCCCAACCUUUUA